AUGGGGAAAUGUUUCGAUGGUUGCCUUGCAGAAGCAAUUAUCCGAUGGAUGUGCCGAGAAAUGUUUGCUAUGAAACCAAUGAAUGGUCAAGAUGAGAUGUUAUGCUUACAUAAGAUAUACUUCUUCCCACAUGGAGCCAGCAAGCAAGGCUCCAAAAGCAUUGACAAGAUCAUCAUACUAAUGGCUCUCAAAUUAAAAUCCGAAUGGGGUUAUAGAGUUAAGAUCUCCAAAAACAUGGCGACUAUAACAUCGUUGGAGAGAUCUCUUCAGAACUGUUCGUUAAACCACCAACAAAGCAGUAGUAGCAGCAGUAGCAGCGUAGGGAUUGGAAGCUCAUCAACCGCGGGGAAUCAGCAUGAUGAUCUCUCUUACUCAGCCGACAACACAUUGGAACUCAAUUCCCAGAUCUCACUUCCUUACCACUGGGAACAAUGCCUCGAUUUAAAGGGUGUACGUUUAUAUGUUGCAGACGGGGAGAUAUAUUACCUAAACCGGAGCACAGGGAUGAAAGCGAAAGAGGAUCCAAGGACAACUGCCGAGUCCAGUGGAGAUAUCUACAGCGAAGGUGAUAGCUCGUAUGACAGUGAAGGGUCUUCGUCGGAGUCAUCUCCUUCAUCAUCAAGAGAACCAAUUAAUCAUCGGAGAAAUGAUAAAAAAGGUCAUGUACUCGUCGUGGCUGGGUGCAAGAGAUGUCUAAUGUACUUCAUGCUGCCCAAACAGGUGGAGGAUUGCCCCAAAUGUUCUGGUCAACUUCUCCAUUUUGAUCGAUCCGAUAAUAGCUUUCCAUGA